AUGGCGGGUCCCAGCCUGAACGGGGAGAACAGGGAGGUACUCAGCCUGGAAGGGGCAGGAGGCCCCGGACGAGAUGAGCUCGCUACGGUCGCCCCGUCGGGGGACGAAGGACCGCGCGGUGGCGGCGACUCUGCGCUACCCCGCCGGCAAGGGGGCCGGCAAGCUGCCGGCCUCCGCCGGGGGGGCUCCGUCGGCCCCCACGGCCCCCUUGGCCCUGCGGGCGGGUCCUCGCCUCCUGGCCAGCGUGCACCUCCAGAAACUCAACUGCCGGCACCGCCCCGCGGGGAGGGUCCGGCAACCCCGGAGCCGGGCUCGCUGCCCGGCUGGGGCGCGGGGAGCCGUCCCCCGACGCUGGCCGUCGGCCCCGGCAUCAUCGACUCGGACACGCCAGACGAGGAGGUGCUGCGGGCGCUGGUACUGGAGCUUAGCCUCGACGCGGCGGGCGAGCUGCCGGAGCUGUGGCUCAGCCACCACGAGUUCGACUUGCCCGCGGACCUGCCGGCCGGCUGCUGA